AGCAUUUCCUUUUGCCAUUAUUUAACAUGAAUCACCCAAAUGUGACAUACUCUAAUUCCACAAACCAUUAUCACAAUGCUCCCACUCGCCAACUACUACAUAUCUUCCUCAUCCAUGUCCGAGAACAAUGUUAACAACAGCAAGAGGAGGAAGAAGAAACGUCCGAUGAUAGUUUAUGGAGGCGGAGGAGGAGAUGAUUUGGCGGUGGUGAAGGCGGCGGCGUGGGCUUGGUAUCAAAGGAAGGAAGGCAAACCGAUUAUGAGAGAGUUUGAGAUAACAAGAGCACCGAGAACACCUCGACCUUCGCGGUACAAGAUCGAAGCUACAAAGAACAUGAUCCUCUCUGACAACAAGGUUUUAGCCGAGAAUAGGGUUUCUAAGUCUUCGCUUUGGUACACAAAUUUCCAUUACCAAGAGGAUCAAGAAACCCAAUACUCUCGUCUACUUGACACUUACGAGAACAAGAACAUAUCAAAAAGGCUUAAUUUGGAUGAUCCUGGUUUAUCCGUGAGUUUGAGCAGUGCUUUCAUGCUGAACGACGAUAAUCAUAAUCAUGAUUGUGUUUGUGAUGAUCAUGGUAUGUUAAAGAGAAAUGGCUAUGAUAAGAAUACUAAUAGUAGUAGAAAAAUUGAUAACAAGAAUUCCAUGAAAAAAGUGAGCAAAAGAAGUUUGUGGAAGGGACUGAUUGUUAUGGGUCCAGUGUCUACGGUUUGUGGGAGAAGCGAUGAUGUGGAUUUACGGGCUUCUAAAGCUAGCCGGAGAACAGUUAAGGUUGCGGCGGCGGCCGAGGCUCUCCUCAGUUCGGCAGCAAGUGGCAAGACCACUCAGACCCGUAGUCGCUAACUUUAGUGGUUAUUAGGAUAGAAAGAUUUGAACAAUUUGUUCAAAAUUCGUACAUUUUCAUGUUUCUGUAUUUGUUGAACUAGCUGUGUAUUUUCUUCCAGUUUCAGUAAAUACGUACAUCUUUUUUAAAUUUAAUAUCUCUUCGGGGAACAAAAUGACAAGAAAAUAUUGAAUUUAUUCUAACUCGGUUGCGAGUCUUGUGACAU